AUGGCUGAACAACUCAUUGAGAGACUCAAAAGCGCGCAAACCUCCACGCUAGUAACCAACAUUCUGAAAAAUGCCAAGAUGGAGGAAUGGAACGAAAACGAUAAGAAAAAGUUGUUGGAUUUUCUCAUCCAUACCAAAGACAACAGCAUCAACAAAUGUUGGGAAACAACGGAAACGAUUAAAAAAAUAUUGAAGGCUUUUCCUCCGCGUGUGUCCUACGACGUUGCUUUAGCACAACCAUCCACUACAGGUACAAUAGAUCCUGAAGAUGUUUUUUUGCCAUCCUAUAUGACAUCACAACAUGUUGGUAUUGAUUACUCUAGAAAAAUAGCCUCAGGAGGACAAGCUUCAAUCUAUAACGCUAUUCAUUUGGAUACAAACACCAGUGUUGCUGUAAAGAUUGUUGAUUUUGAAGAUCAAGUACUGUGUUCGAACUAUUCUUCAAAUCUAUGGAGAUAUUUGUCAGAGAAUGAGAGUAAUUUGGAUUGGAAACAAAAGAAGAAUUUGAUAAUAUCUUGCUUGGAGUGUUUACAGACUCUGCAUACACCAUCGGAAGACUAUCCUAGCGGCAUUCUCCAUAAUGACAUCAAGUCUGAAAAUUUUCUCGUGACAAACGACGGUAUACAAGUGAAUGAAUUAGUCUUAACCGACUUUGGAUAUGCUGAUGUUAGGGAAUACCAAACAUACUAUAAUUCUGUCAGUUCUAUUCUGGGAACUGUUUACGAUAAGCAAAAGGACACACUACUGUAUCAGGCUCCUGAAAUACUCACUGAAGACGAUGAAGUACCGUACUCCAAGAGAAGCGAUAUUUUCAGUUUGGGUAGAGUCAUAGGUGAGAUACUGACAUGCAAGAAACCAUUCCAUUCUGUGAAGAAUAGGAAUACAUUAUUUAAAGCUUGCUGUGCGAAUGGCAACGACUUUACCUUACCUGUUGAUUGUCCUCCAUUAUUAAGCAUUGUCAAGUGCUGGUGUUGUGCAACAGAUGUUAAUGAUAGACCAGCCUCUUGUGAAUUGGUCCUCGAUUUGUUAAGGAAAUGUGAUUUUAAUCAAAACUUGGAAGAAGUUUUGAAAGAAAAGGUAAAGAUAUCGAACAAUCCUAAGCGUGUAAGACACAGACGUAAACUUCCCUGA